AUGAAGUGUGGGUUUCUGAGAGACUAUUUAGGAGAGGUUCGGAGGGAAGCAAAAGGAGAUAUUCAUGGGUCCAACAGAAGGUAUGUCAGAGCUGAAGAGCAAGAAAAGAAACAGACUGUCUUGUCUCACAAGCUGUCCCCUGCCAGGCUGAAGGUUGCCACCACUAUGUCUGUGGAAGUGGGGAAUUGGACCACCUUGACUGAAUUAAUCCUUCUUGGCUUCUCAGCUGACCCCCAGAUGCAACUGGUCUUCUUUGGAGCUUUUUUGACUCUUUGUUUGCUAACAUUAGCAGGGAACAUGACUCUAGUUAUCUUAAUCAGGAUUGACUCCCGUUUGCAUACCCCCAUGUAUUUUUUCACUGGUAGUCUGUCAUUCUUAGAUUUCUGGUAUACAUCUGUGUACACCCCCAAAAUCCUGGCCACCUGUAUUUCAGAGGACAAGCGUAUAUCCUUGGCAGGCUGUGGUGCCCAAUUUUUCUUUUCCUGUGCUGUGGCCUACACUGAGUGUUACCUCCUUGCUGCUAUGGCCUAUGACCAUCAUGCAGCAGUCUGCAACCCCCUUCUCUAUUCAGCUGCAAUGUCCAGGUCUCACUGUGUUGGGCUAGUGGCUGGGUCGUACAUAGGUGGGUUCCUGAAUGCCAUAGCCCACACUGCUAAUACAUUUCGCCUGAAAUUUUGUGGGAAAAACAUCAUUGACCACUUCUGUGAUGUACCCCCGGUGAAGAUGUCCUGCACUGACGCACAAGUCUAUGAGAAAGUGCUCCUGGGAGUGGUGGGGUUCACAGUUUUGUCUAGCAUACUAGCCAUCCUGAUGUCCUACUUUAACAUCCUCCCGGCCAUCCUUCGGAUCUGCUCAUAG